AUGUUUUGUAAUUUUCGGAGUACACUGAACGGCGUAUGUGAUUUGCUAGGCCUAGAGGAGGGAAUUGAGUCAGUAGCAGCUAUAAAAGAGCAAUACGAACGCAAAUUGGAAGCAAAUAAGCGAUUGGGUACAAAGGGAGUCUGUGAGGGUUACUGUAAUUACCACUAG